CCAAACUGCGUUACCCACUCCAGCCAGCAGAUGGCGAUGAGCGUCUUUCAGGUGAUGCUUCUUGCGUGACGUAUAAUGGACUGGACGGGACGCUUCUUCAGGAACAACAACACGGAUACUAUUUCAACCACCUGGGUAGCUUGCUAGACAAGGUAAAACUGACAAAUUUACGUUUUAGGCCAUGUUAAUGUACAUUAGCUAAUCCCAGUGUACAAAACACAUUUCAGUUGAAGUUAACUUGAACCUAAUUUGCUUGUUCAAGUUGCAAAUGUGUUAAAGAUUGAUACUGAGCCUAGCACUAGGCUAUUCGCUAAUGCUAACUAGCUAGCUAACAUCCCUGACCAUGAGCUCAUUAAACUACUCAUCCCCUGCUAAAGAAGAGGAUGUCUGCUGUUCGGAGAAAGAAGCUCUGGCGCUGAACAUUGUCGUGAAAGACGAAGAGGAGGAUAUUACAGUGAAAGGAGAGAAAGAAGCUCUGGCGCUGAACAUUGUCGUGAAAGACGAAGAGGAGGAGGAUAUUACAGUGAAAGGAGAGAAAGAACCUUUCAGAAUGGAAGAGGAGGCUGUUAUAGGGAAAGAAGAGAAAGCAUCCUCUUCCUCUCUAAAAGGUUCUAUCUCAGUAAAGGUGAAGGAGGAAGACGUUUUGGGAGUGAAAGAGGAGGAGACAGAAUAUCAGAUUAACACCAGAGAGAGACAUGACUAUCGUGGGUCCUCUGGGGAGCCUCAACAACAUCCUGAUGCUGACGAGGCAGAGAAGAGUCUCUCCAGAUCAGAACACCAGAUGGACAAUGCUAGCCCUUCCGCCCUCCCGGAGACCCUGUGUCGUGCCUCUCCUGGUAGCACCUUACUGCUGGGUAUGAAGAGGUUGUCUGUGCUGCUGGUGGACUGCAGGAAAACAACGGGGCUGAGUGGAACUGUGAGCGGAGGAGAAGAGAAGAAAGGAUCAGAUUUGACACAUCAAAGAGGAAAACCAAACUUGGAGGAACCAAAGACCUCCACAACAUCAAGACGACACCUCUGCUCCCAGAUCAAGUUAGGAAGCCUGAAAAGACCUGAGAGGACACACACAGGAGAGAAGCCAUACCAUUGCGGCCAGUGUGGAAAUAGUUUUAGCCAGUUAGGAAACAUGAAAAGACAUGAGCGAAUUCACACAGGGGAGAUGCCAUACCACUGCUCCCAUUGGAAAUAG